AUGCUGUCCAGUCAGACGAAGGACCAGGUGACGGGCGCGGCCAUGAUGAGGCUGCGGGCUCACGGCUGCACCCCCGAAAACCUGCUGGCCACCGACGACCAAACGCUGGGCAAGCUCAUCUAUCCCACUAAGGUCAAAUAUCUGAAGCGGACCUCGGCCAUGCUGCAGGAGGAGUUUGGGGGAGACAUCCCGGACAGCGUGGGGGGGCUGGUCCGGUUGCCGGGCGUCGGCCCCAAAAUGGCCCACCUGGCCAUGGACAUCGCCUGGGACCAGGUGUCGGGAAUCGGUGUGGACACACAUGUGCACCGCAUCUCCAACAGGCUGGGCUGGCUCAGGAAACCCAGCAAAAACCCAGAAGAAACACGCAAAGGCCUGGAGGAGUGGUUACCCAGGGACCUGUGGAGUGAGAUCAACUGGCUGCUGGUGGGCUUUGGGCAGCAGGUCUGUUUGCCCGUCGGGCCCCUUUGCUCUGUCUGUCUGAACCAGUUCAGCUGUCCGGCCGCCCACAGGUGCUCCCCGGCCAAAAGGCCCAAAGCCUCCAGCCCAGAGUCCACCCCCAGAGUAAAGCCUGAGGCUGCUGCUAAAGGAGGAAUGGUUUCCCCCACAAGACCAAAGAGGAGGAUAAAAACGGAGGAUAAAGGCUGA